GAUUAUUAUUUUUUUCUUUUAAUGGAAAAUUAUAAAAAAUCCCCCCACAAGUUAUGGAAGAAAGGCCCGGCCAGAGGCAAGGGCGGGCCCCAGAACAACACGUGCGAGUAUCGCGGGGUCCGGCAAAGGACUUGGGGCAAAUGGGUAGCCGAGAUCCGGGAGCCCAAGAAGAGGACGAGGCUAUGGCUCGGGUCCUAUGCCACCGCUGAGGAGGCGGCGAUGGCAUACGAUGAGGCCGCGCGACGAUUAUAUGGUCCCGACGCGCACCUCAACCUCCCACACUUGAGAUCGAGCUUUAACCCCUUUAACAAAUCUCAAAAAUUCAAAUGGUUCCCGUCGAGUAAUAACUACCCGGCGACGGUGCCCCACACCGGACUCUUGAACUUGACGGCACAGCCGAGCGUCCACGUCAUUCACCAAAGGUUGCAAGAACUCAAGAAAGGGGAGGUUUUCGGACAAGAAUCCUCGUCGAGUUCAUCGUCGAGUGAUCCCAAAAACGAGCACGUCGACGUCGACGUGCAUGAUCGAAUUUUGGAGAAAGAUAUCGAAUUCUCGUCCGAGCGAAAAAUGAUCGACUGCGAAGAGAAGCCUCAAAUCGAUCUCAACGAGUUCCUCGAGCAACUCGGGAUUUUUAAAACCGAGGAUCUUAAUAGAAACGAGAGUCUUAUAGGAAUCCAAUCCACAACGUCGAGAGAUGACAACGAGGAUAGAUUUGGUAAGAACUUCGAUUUGAAUACGAUGAGCGAAUUCUCUGGAGACGAAUACGGUGGCACUUUAAAUUUAUCGUAUCAAGACAACAACAAGUCGAUCUUACCUCCAUAUUUAUUGUAUUUUUGAGUAGAUUUGAUCGAAGAGGAUUCUAUAUGUGUAGUCAUAAAAUUCGAUGAGCCGAAGCUACAUUAGACGUUUGUUCCAAGUUCGAACAC